GAAUCCACGCAAAGAUCAUAUACGAUGUCAAUGAAGAUGUGACGCCGUCAUCGUGAAACCAGCUAUUGUGGAACUUCGCUGUGUUUUGAGAGAGCAGAACACUGUCACACUGUAAGUGAAGUCUGUGAACUGCAGUGUCAGUCAUCGAGAAAAAAAAUAAAAACAACGUAAAUUUGUGAGAAAGUGGUUACUUGUGUUGUCUGCGGAUGAGCAGACAGCAGCGGGAAGUCAGCUGUCUACCACAGAUCUGCAUCACGGCUCCGAGCGAGGGAAUUCCCUCGGCUGCUCUGUCGUGUUCCUCAACUGUGUCACCGGGACUUGCCUUCCUGACGAGUAUACCGUUUUCUCAGCGGAGCUCCAGGCGAUCCUGAAGCCACUCGAGUAGGUACCAGAAGAUGCCAGAGAGAAGAAUGAGUGAGAGGCAAAUUCUCUUCCAGAAAACACACUCAGUGAUAUGGAAGGAACAAAAAGUGGUGUGAAAAAUUAAGCGAGGCAAAUACGGACGAUAUUCCGAGCAGAGCAGUAGAAGCCAUGCAGAAGCCUGUUGAUGAAUAUCAGGUGUUUGCGGAUUAUGUAGCAUUAGAACUACGUUCGUUAUCACAACCAUCGAGUAAAAAAAAAUUAAAAAGGAUGAUACAAGAGGCGAUACUGCAAGUUUCUGCAGAAGAUGAAGAUGCAGGUGCUUCCCGGAUACCUCCAGAAGAUGAUGCUGGCAGUAGAUAUUUAAGGCAGCAGUGCCAGCGGAAGCCAGUCACGAUGGAAGCUGAUAUGCCUGGUGCAGCUGAGGAUAUGGAAUAUACCACAAUAAAGCAAGAGAAACUCUCAGACGAUGAUGAAGCUGCCGAUUUAGCACAAAUGCAGGGAUUUGACUUUGUGGCAGUGAAGCAGGAGCCAUUGGAGGACACGGCGGCAGAGGGACAGGACGCGGUACAGGAAUCUGAAUAUAUUACUGUGAAGAAAGAGGAACCGUUUCGUGACGACGGGCGACACGGAGAGCCGGAUCCCGCACAGGAAGCUGAGCGUUUUGUCGUCCCUAAAGAGGAACCCUUUGACCACAGGGUGCAACCUGGAGUGCUGGACACCCCACAGGUACCUGCGCCAAUGAACGGAGAAUUCGAACUGAGGGGUGCAGCAGUGGAACGGAGGGAAACUACUUCGACAGAGGAGGCUCCUCUCGGUUUGUCACCAAUUACAAAACGGAACGAUCGACAGGAAACUGGUGCUCGGGCGAGGCAGUUAAAAGCUAAAUUACAGAUGCUGGUGGACUAUGUAAAUUCGUGUGAGUUGAGUGCGGAAACAAUAGGCAUCAUGGACAAAGAAGUGGACCGUUGGUUAUCACUAACUCACUCUUACGUCAGUAGGGAAGUUCCACAUUGCGCCAGCAGUGAUGAGACGAAAGUGCAACGAAUGCCUGAUAAAGGAAAGAGUACUGUUGGAAAACCAAACCUUGUUGAGAAGCCUAAUGUUCCAGAUGCACUGAGGCAAGUUGGCAGUGAAAUGUUGACUACGCAUGUCAAUUUUGAUCAUUCUUACUGUAAGUACUAAGUUGACCUACCCUAAAUUAUUGGGUGCCCAUCACGAUUUGUUUACGUUUUGCGGAAACACACCAUGCAAAAACAGAUUAAUUCAGCGGACGUGGUAGCUCUGUUGUGAUAAGGAAAUCUGUGUGUAUUUAAUAAAGAAAAUAAUUUGGUUUGUGCCUGA